AGGCCGGGAAUCGGGGCGGGAUCGCCGAGUCCCGGGGCGGGGCAACGCGCGCUGCUGCAGCAUGGGACCCCUGCCGCGCACCCUGGAGCUCUUCUACGAUGUGCUGUCGCCCUACUCCUGGUUGGGCUUCGAGGUCCUGUGCCGGUAUAAGAACAUCUGGAACAUCAACCUGCAGUUGCGCCCCAGCCUCAUUGCGGGGAUCAUGAAAGACAGUGGAAACCAGCCACCAGCUCUGCUUCCCCGCAAAGCCCAAUAUCUGAGAAAUGAUGUUAGGCUCCUGGGACAGCAUGUCCAGAUUCCUGUGCAGUUCCCCAAGGAUUUCUUCUCUGUGAUCCUUGAAAAAGGAAGUUUAUCAGCCAUGAGAUUCCUCACCGCUGUGAGCAUGGAGCACCCAGAGAUGCUGGAGAAAGUGUCCAGGGAACUAUGGAUGCGUGUCUGGUCACGGGAUGAAGACAUCUCGGAGCCCCAGAGCAUCCUGGCCGCUGCAGAGAAAGCUGGCAUGUCUACAGAACAAGCCCGGGGACUCCUGGAAAAGAUCUCAACACCAAACGUGAAGAACAAGCUCAAGGAGACCACCGAGGCAGCCUGCAAAUAUGGGGCUUUUGGGCUGCCGAUCACCGUGGCCCAUCUGGAUGGCCAAACCCACAUGCUGUUUGGCUCUGAUCGGAUGGAGUUGCUGGCACACCUGCUGGGAGCCUGGGGAGGGGCCAUGGUGCCAACCCAGUUGUGGGGGAGACUGGAGAAGCCGCUUCUCUUCCUGUGCUGCACCUCCUUCCUCCUGGGGCUGGCUUUACUGAGCAUACCGCCGGACAUCGCCCCUGUUGCUUAUUUCUUUCUCGCCUUGGGUGGCUUCUUUUUGUUUGUCUGCCUCCUGGCCUGUGUUCUGGAAUGGGGGUUGCGAUCAAUGCAGACGGAGAGCCCAGGGGCCUCAGGCAAUGCACGUGACAAUGAAGCCUUUGAGGUGCCAACCUACGAAGAGGCUGUGGUGUUGGAAUCACAAUGCCGCCCCCAGUUGUUGGAUCAGCCACCCCCCUACAGCAGUGUUGUAAUCCCCCCAGAACUUGAGGAAGGACAGCCUAGCAAUCCAGACGGCCCCGGUAGAGCCCGAAUAGAAAGGCGAGUAGUGGGCUCAGAGGGGUCUAUGACCCCACAAAACUCCGGAAGAGAUCCAGUCAGCCUUCGGCUUCGGGGAUCCCGGGUCAUGUCUACUGCUCCUGAUCUGCAGAGCUUGAGGGUGCCCCCCAAAUUGGAGCCUCUUACUCCACCCCCUGCCUAUGAUGUCAGCUUUGGUCAACCUGAUGAUGAUGUUUUCUUUGAAAACAACUGGACGCCCCCGUAAAAGACUUUCCCACGAUACAUCAUCUCUGCACCAGACCCAUUCAUGCAUUUGACCAACAUUUCCCAGUGCCUGCUGUGUCAGGAACUGUGUUUCUGCAUGGGGAACUGAACACAGAGGGGAGUCAGGCUAUGGUAAGCCUUUUCCAGCUGAGAUGUAUGUGGCACAAUUUGAGUCUUCAGGUAACAUUCAGUGACCUACCCCAUAU